UCUUUGCUCGUUUUUUUUUUUCCCGCCAUUUUUUUUCUUUUGGUCCAAACCAUGGCCGAGUUCACGUUGACUGCCGGAGCCAUUGAGGCCAUGUCCAACCCCGCCAAGGCGAGCAACUACGUUGUGCAGCCCGUCUUGCAAAUCCUGUCCAUCAAGAAGCUCACAUCGAACGGCACCACGCCCGGCGAUCGUCACCGUGUCGUCAUCUCCGACGGUGUGCAUCACUACAUGCAGGCGCUGCUUGGCACCAGCUUGGCAGAAGUCGCCAAGACGGACGCAAUCACUCGCUUUACCGUUGUUCGUGUCAAGAAGUUUGUGUGCAGCCCCGUCGUUGAGCGAACAAUCGUCAUUCUCAUGGAUGUCGACAUUCUCGGUACCCCCGCGGGCAAGAUUGGCGACCCCAAGCCGUACGAGGUCGCGCCUGAUGCUGGCGCUGUUGCUGGCGGUGCCGCGGCCGGCGCUCCGACCUCGCCUGCUGGUGCCACGAACGGCGCAGCUGCACCCGUGGGUGCUGCACCUGCUGCCCCCAAGGUGUCGCCGUACCGACAGUACACGGAUGCUGCGACGGGCGCCGUGACGUCUGCCUUUGGAGCGCGGGUGGCCAGCCCUCCGCGCGCCCAGCAGUCCUUCCCCGCGUUCGAUCCGAACAAAACGCUCGAGCAAAUUGUCGCGGAGGGGCAGACGCCGGAGACGCUGCCGAUUGCAUACAUUUACAACACAAUGCCGUCCAAGUUUAUCAUUCGCGCGCGCGUCACGCUCAAGCACCCGGUGCGCGAGUUUGCGCGCAAAAACCCGGGACCCAACAACCAGUCGGGCGGCCGUGUGUGCUCGAUCGAUCUGAAGGACGACUCGUCAGAAAUCCGUGCCACGGCCUUUAACGAGCAGAUUGACACAAUCAUCAACAGCCUCGAGGUCGGCAAGGCGUACUACUUUAGCAAAAUGUCCGUCAAGCCGGCCAACCGCAUGUACAACACGCUGCCGAGCGACUACGAGCUGACCUUUGAGAAGGGCACACAAUGGGUGCCGUGCCACGACGAGGCCAAUCUGCCCCAGGUGGUGUACAACUUUGUGCGUUUUGACGGCCUGGAAACCCUUGGCGAGCAGACGGUCGACCUUAUUGGCAUCUGCAAGAGCGCGCGCGACGUGCAGACCAUCACCACCAAGCAGCAAAAGUCCGUCCCCAAACGCGAGCUGACGCUGGUCGACCAGUCGCAGCGCGAAAUCACCGUCACGCUGUGGAACACGCAAGCCACCAACUUUGACGAGCAAGUGGCCGUGGACAACCGUGUCCUGGCCUUCCGCAAGGUCAAGCUCACCGAUUUCAGCGGCGUCAAGUCGGCGUCGUGCAUCAGCUCGAGCGCAAUGGAGGUGGAGCCCGACAUGCCAGAGACGCAAGAGCUCCGCGCAUGGUUUGACUCGGAGGGCCGAAACCAGAGCUUCCAGCAAGUCACUGGCGGCGCUGGUGCGUACUCUGGCGGCAACCGCGAUCUCGCCACCUUCCAGCAGAUCAACAGCAACCACAGCCUCGGCGCCGACAAGGCCGAGUAUGCUCGUCUGCAGGGAACAGUCACCUUCCUCAAGACCAAGUUCGACGACAAGAGCGGCUCGAACGAUGGCUCGGUCGGCAUGUACUAUUAUGCAUGCGGCAACAUCAAGCAGCCCAUCGACAACGGCCAAGCAGCAGCACCGAACAGCCGACAGCAAGCCCAGCAGCCCUCCGUCUGCGGCAAAAAGCUGGCGAUUGGCGAGCAGUGCCCGACCUGCGGCGACGUGUCGCAGCGCAUCUCUGGCUGCAACCUCACAUUUGUCGCAGACGACAGCACUGGCAGCCAGUGGAUUACCGCCUUCCGCGACACUGCCCAGACCAUUCUUGGAGCGUCAAACAAGGACUUGACGCUGGAACACUUGCACGAGCUGGCGCUCAAUGGGGAACAAGAGCAGCUCGACUCCAUCUACGCCCAGGCCCUGCACCACCCUUACGAGAUGACUCUUCGCAUCAAGCAGGAGCAAUCCCAACAAGGUGGCAUGCGCACCCGGUAUCAGCUCGUCCGGCUGGCUCCGAUUGACUUUGCGCGCGACAGUUUGCGUCUUGUUCGUUUGAUUCAAGCCUACAACUGAGGUGUUGUUGUGUCUUGUGUUGCAUUGUGUUUGUUGGUUUCUUUUUCUGUUUUUUUUUUUCUUUCCCCCGUGUGUGUGCUUGUCUGCCGUGUAUGUGCAGACCAUGUAGUUGUUGUUGAUUCUCCCUAAAAAAUCUAGAUUUGCAUGUUCCA